AUGUCGUUGCAUCACACGCCGUCGACCAUCGCCGCGACGCGGCGAGAAACCGCGCAUCCCAGCGCCGCUGCCGCCGCCGCCGGCGGGAAUCGUCAUGGUUGUCUCGGCGGCAACGCGCCACAGACGCCGAAUUUCAGACGGACCAUCCAGAUUCAGCUCAGCGCCGCUGCCGCCGGCUAUGACGGCGCUUACUGCGGCGCCACCACCUCGGAUCAUGUCCAUUCAGAGGCGCAUACCAUUUCUGGAAUGACAGCAGCGUCAUCCGAAAUGGCAGCCGCUACGAGCUGCCGCACCCCCACGGCCACUCUCGACUUCCCCGCCUCCCCUUCCGCGUUCUCUUUCGCCUCCCCUUCCGCCUCCCCUUCCGCCUCCCCUUCCGCCUCCCCUUUCGCCUCCCCUUCCGCCCCCCCUUUCGCCUCCCCUUUCGCCUCCCCUUCCGCCCCCCCUUUCGCCUCCCCUUUCGCCUCCCCUUCCGCCCCCCCUUUCGCCUCCCCUUUCGCCUCCCCUUCCGCCCCCCCUUCCGCCUCCCCUUUCGCUUCCCCUUCCGCCUCCGCGUGGCCGCACAAGUUCCCCGCGUCUUCUUUCUCUGACUCCAUUCCGUGGCCGUCAGAUGCCGCGCGAUUCGGCGCAAUCGACUGCAGAGAGCCGUUCCCCGCCGUGUUUUCCUGCGCGUCUUCUGUUGAAGGAGGAGCUGCUACCAGCGGCUCCGCGGUAGCUGACGUGGCGCUUGAGGAUUGGCUGAACGAAGCACUAGCAGCGAUGUCAAUGGUACGAACCACUGCCGCGCCAGCGCCAAUGGUGGUGGGGCGGAAGCAGCGGCAGCGGCUGAUGCGGCAGUGGUUCCCCGAUGCGCCUGCUGGGCUCGUCUCUCCCGCAUUUUCCUGA